AGACGAGCAGGAGUCCGUGAACGGCUCAACUUUUAAUGUACGCGGGGCCGAGACGAGCCGUGCCGCGCUGUUUUUCCUCUCCUUUACCCCUCCUCCCGGCUUCGCUGUCCUCUCACUUGAGCUAAUCAGUUUUUAAUUUUUUAAUUUUUUGGGGGGGCGAAAGAAGCUAACAACAACAACAACAAAAAGAGCGGUUGUGUCUCUUUUAUGUGUCCUCGUCCUGGGAAACACACCACCGGGGCCUUGACUGAGCAGUUGAGUGAGUGACUGCAUGGAUCAGACUGAACAUGAAGAGCCUCAAAGCCAAGUUUAGAAAAACUGAUACCAACGAAUGGAACAAAAACGACGAACGCCUGCUCGCGGCGGUCGAGCAUGGCGAGGCGGAGAAGGUGGCGUCGCUUCUUGCCAAGAAAGGUGCCAACGCUGUGAAGCUGGACAGCGAGGGCAAAUCAGCCCUCCAUGUAGCAGCUGCUCGAGGUCAGACAGACUGCCUAUCUGCGAUCUUGUCUCAUGGAGCUGAUGUGUCGACCACCGAUGCUGCUGGUUUGAGUCCUUUACACCUGGCUGCCAAAAACAAUCACGUUGAAUGCUGCAGAAAACUCAUCCAGAGUAAAUGCCCCGUCGAUGUUGUAGACGGCUCAGGAAAGACGGCUCUGCAUCACGCUGCUGCCAGUGGGAACAUCCAGAUUGUCCAACUGCUGUGUGAACUCAAAAGUCCCAUCAACCUGAAGGAUGCAGACGGUCUCACUUCUCUGCUGCUGUCAGCCAAACACGGUCAUGCUGAGGUCUGCAGCGCUUUGCUGGACUGUGGUGCUGAAAUCAACACCUCCGACAACAGUGGCAGGACGGCCUUGAUGCUUGCGUCUGAGUCCAACGCGGUGCCUGUUGUAGAAGUGUUGGUUCAGCGAGGAGCAGACCUGUCAGCUGUAGAUUCAGAAGGCCACGAUGUUGUGCAUUACGCCAAGCUGUCAGGCAACUCUGAAGCCAAAGUGGCCCUCAUGGCUGCUCUGAACAGACACCCUGUGUUAGAUGUCAAGUCUCCUAAAAGUCCUCAGCAUGAUCAAGUAGCUAAGCUAAGUGAUGAGCGGAUCACAACUCCCAAAAAACGAAAAGCACCUCCACCUCCUAUUAGCCCACUGCAGAGCUCUGGACCCUCCUCUCCUUCAGUCAUUACAUCAGCUGGCACUCCUGCAUCCAACAAAAGUGACACUCCCAAGAGAUUCAACUACAAGGAGGAUGAGAUUAGAGGAACAGCACUGAGAGAGCAGGUCGAGAAGCUUCAUGAGGAGAGAAACAUGCUGCUGGAGACAAUCGAAGACCUGAAGCAGACGGUGGAUACGGUGACUGGGCCUGAGCUGGACACAAAGGUCGAGCAAAGUUUUACAGCGUCUGCAGCUCUGGUUUCUGCUCUGCAAGCCAAGAUUGCUGCUCUUACUUCAGAGAACCAGCAACUUGCAAGCAAACUAAAGAAACAUCCGUCCCUCCAAGGAAAUGAGGACCUGAAGGAGACCAGUCGUCCCAACAGCAUGGCCUCCAACUCCUCCUUCCACUCCACCCAGGAUGAGUUUGACUCAGCGCCACAUGUCCCCUCCACCGCAACUGUGGACGGGGAAGGAGUUGCUUCUGUCAGGCUGGAGGAAGAAGAGAAUGAGGGAGGCAGAGGAGGAGGCAAAGAGGAGAUCAGACUGUUGAGACAAGCGCUAGAGAGUGUUCAAAUAAAACUUCUAGAAACCAGGAAGGAGAACCGCUCGCUUCAGGCUCAGCUGAAACCUGAAAGAGGCCAAGAAGGAGAGGAGGAAGACACCGUCAGAGAGAAAGGACGAGAGGAAGAGCUAAUGGAGAGUCUAGCAGAGCUGCAGGCGAAGCUGACGGACACUCAGGAGAGAUACCACCAAGCUAUGGAGGAAGUGGAGGAUCUGAGAGGGCAGACGGGAAGGGGAGAAGGCGAGCUGACGGAGAAACAGGAGGCCCACGGACGUAGCUCAUCUACACUCGAACAUGAAGUAAAACAGCUGAAAGCUCAGCUCGUCCAGUCGGGGUCCGAGCAAGACAGAGCAGCUCAACGAAUCCGACAGCUGGAAGAAGUGCUGAGGAAGAUGGAGGAGGACAGACGGACCACCAAGGGGACAGAACAGAGGACGGCACAGAUGGAGGAGCUGUACAAGGAGGCGCAAGAGGAAGUCAGGAUGCUCCAGGAGGCUCUGAGGGGAACAGUGCCUGUUGAAGCAGCAGCCAAAGACUUUGAGGAGAUGAAGGCUGAGCUCAAUGAGGUAAUUGCUGGGCUGCAGCGUCGCUUGCUGGAACUCUCGCACUCCUACAGUGAAACCAAGAGUCAGCUGAGUGCCGCUCAGAAACAGCUGGUUGAGAGCCAAGCCGAGAGCAGCGCGGCCUCAUCUCCCUCCACAGAACAACAGGUCCAGGUGCUGAACAGUAAGGUGGAGGAGCUGCAGGCGCUGCUGGCUGAGACUGAGAAGAAGUAUUCAGCCACUCAAGAGGAGAUUUCACUACUGAGGCAGGAGGCAGAAGCUCAGGCACAGAGCUCCGUGGCCCUCGCCGACCACACGCAGGUUAUGUCGUCUCUGGGAAAUGCCAUCAAGGAGCUGGAGAGUGAAGCGGAAGCACUGAGAGCGGAGCUGCAUCAAAAGACGGUGCAGCUGGAGGCUGUUCAGAAUAGGCUGACGGCCGAGAAAGACGUCAGCCCGGAUGACUCAGUCUCCCGUCUGGAGCAUGAGACGUUGCGGGAGCAGCUGGAGGGCGAAGUGAACCAUCUGACGCAGCUCCUCCAGGAGGCCCUCAGGAAGCAGGACGAGAUGGCUCUGGAGGCUGCUGAUGCGUGGCAGAAGGCGCGGGAUAAUCGAGCCGAGCGGGACGCCCUGCAGGAGCUGGUGAUGUCGAGGGAGAAGGAGAACCAGACGCUGACCUCCAAACUCGCAGAGUCCCAGGAUGGCGUGUCUCAGCUCAAACAGCUGGUGGAGAAUCACGUUGCCUCUGAGAGAGAAAAGAACAAGAGGAUAGAUGACCUGUCUCGGGAGGUAGGGAAGCUAAAGGACGCCUUGAACAGCCUAUCACAGCUCUCCUACAGCUCCUGCUCCCCCUCCAAGAGGCAGCAGCAAACCCAGCAGCUGGACACCAUGCAGCAACAGAUCAAACAGCUGCAGUACCAGCUCGCUGAGUCAAAGAAGCAGCACCAUGAAAUAGUGUCAGUCUACAGGAUGCACCUCCUCUACGCUGUUCAGGGUCAGAUGGACGAGGAUGUGCAGAAAGCCUUGAAACAGAUCCUGAUGAUGUGCAAGGUGCCAAGUCCAGCCAAGGAGGCCUGCUGAGACGCACAGGGACCGGUUUCCCAAAAGCCCGGUGUCUUUGAAACCGAAGAACACUGAGAACGAGGAAGCCCGACACACGGUGCCUCUGGAUGAAUCUUGAGUAUUUGUUUCUGAGGAAUUGGUUUACAAUCAGGUGUUCGUUGCCUUUGCUGAUGCCAUAUCAGUGUUUCCCCUAGAACGGUUUUCAGGCCUGAUGGUUAAAAAGCGCCUCAACAGACGAGGUGGGAUAUGGUCAACUUUGUAGAUGGGGCAGCGGGCGAUCCCCGAUUUAGAUUCACAUUGAAAUAUUUGUUUACUUGAGCCAACUAACCUCACCGGCCCUCUCUACUGUCCCACCUCCCUCGCUUUCUCUUCUUUCCAACCUUUGGCUUUUGGAGAAAAACAUUUAUACAUCCGUCCCCUACAACACACCUCCUCUCCUUUUAGGCUCAGCUACAUCCUAUACGAUCACGAACACGUCAAGAGUUUCCAAAGCGAUGCAGAAGCUGAAUCAUAGUUUGGAACAGCUGAUGCCCGGUGGCCUGCCUGUGCAGUUGUAGGGGAAAUACUGCAUUUUGAACUCAUGUCUAACAUCAUGGUAUAAACAUGUGAUCUGUACCUGGAUAACUUUAUCUGAGGCGCAACUACAAAGCAGGGUUUCAGGUCAGUGAGGUGAGUUCAGGGUUACAGCGGUGCAACAUUUACGCUGCAGGUUGUGUUCACAGUAACACAGCCUGCUCUCGGUGAACAGAUAGUAAGAGGAUCUCUCAGAGUUUUUAGAGCUCCAAGCGUUCUCAAAGCUGUUUCAUUGUUGUGUUGAUCUUUGUAUCGUCAUUCAAUCCUCACACAGACAGACUUAGAGCACUGAAGCCUUGAACUUGUUGACCUUAGAGGAUUUGCAGUGAGCUACGUACUGGUUUGAAUUAUGUUUUUAUAUUUAUUGUUUACUUGAUCACAAAACCCCGCCAAGACUACAGCUGAAAGACAAAACUAUGUCUCAUAUGUUAUAAGAAAACAUCUAAGGGACACAUUUGAUGGAAUACGCUCUUGUUAUAUUCAGAUCUACUUGUGCCAUAAGCUUGUAAAUGCUCACAAAGUUGGAAUUUUUUCACGAGGUUAACCUUCAGCAGGUUUGUUGCCUUUAGUCUGGAUCAUUUUCUCAUAUUGUUUGUUAGAAAUCUGCAGCUCUAGACCUGUCCAUAGAUGUCAUUAAUCAUUUAGUGCUCUUUUUUGUUCAAGUGAAUGUGCUCAUAGCUAGAUUCAGAACUGCUGAAUUGACUAAACGAGCUGAUUCAGAUACAGAUCACAUGUUCAUAUCAGGUGUAAACGGGGCUUAAAGGUCACGAUGGAUGAUGUUUUAGGGAAACCUCAGCCCAGCAUGCAGGUUCUGCACAUCAGCCAGCUGACUGGAGGUGGUUAUCUGGUGUGUUCUGGCCAAAUUUGUAAUCUCAGAACUCAAAACGCUACAUUAAAAACGUGCAGUAACUUUAAAUCACAUGCAGUUGCACAAAUAUAAUAAAAACGUGUGUGUACUGUGACUUAAACAUACAAUCUGUGUGUGUGUGUGUGUGCGCACUAUUCAGUCCGAUGAAAUCAGUGAGUUCUUUCUGUUACCACUCGCGCUUAACAAACCGAACGCGCUGCUGUUAGUAGUAUCUGUUUUAUGAUACAACCGUAUUGGUAUUAUUUAAAUUCUUCUCUCAAUGUUUCAUGGUCGUCCACAUUUACCCAAUACCAUCUAAAUUAUUUGUGCCCGUUUGAAUAAUGCAUGUAAACGCCCAGAAAUCCAACAAAUGUUUCUCGGUCGCACUUGUUUGAAGAAAACGCUCUUUCUAUUGAUAUUUUCCUAUGAGGCAGAAAAAAAAAAAAAAAAGUGUAAAAAUGAUAUAUUUUACUGACUUGUACUACCGUGUCCUGUUUUCUAAGUUACUGUACUUACAUGAAGAGGUUUGAUAGCUGUGUUCUGGAUGGCCUUGUGUGUGUUUCGUGUGAAUGAGAAGCUUUUUUUUUCUCCUCGAGUAUAACAGCGCACUAUUUGUUCUAGCGACACCUGAAUUAGUCGGUUCUCCUGUUACUAUUCAUAUUUUACAUAUAAGGGGUUUACUGUUUACUGUAGUGAUAACAAAGGAAAACAUUUCAGUUGUAACAAACUCCCAGCAGUAUGGGCUCAUCAUAGUAAGAUCUGUAGUUCUUACUUGUCUCCUCUUGAUUUCUUUUACUUUUUUAUUUUUUUUUAUUUUUAACAAUUACUUACUUGAAAAGCAUGUCAAAUGUAUUGGCUGAAAUCAAAUCGUUACAUAAAAGAAGAGUCACGUGCCUGUAAUCGGACAGUAUUUUAUCCGGCUUCCUUGUACAAUCUUAUUAAUUUAUUUACAUUUACCUGGAAUGUUUUUCUGUCUCUCUCUUUGUACAACUCCCUCUUUUUCAGCGCUCCUUUGUAGGUACAGAGAUACACUGUGCAGUGUUUGUUUCAGAUGCAUUUCUUUGUACGUGUCUUCUAGAGGCUUCUGAACUGUUUAUUUCACACAGCACUCCUUUGCCUUAGCCCUGUACGUAGAGCCAUUAGAGAUCACCUUCCUACUGAACAGUGUUGUUGGAAAUACUGGACUGAAAGAAUUUGUAUCCGAAUGACUGACCGUCAGUUCUCACUCAGCAGCCCUGAGUCGAGCCUCUGCAUGUCUGUGUUUUAGGUCGUAGGGGAUCGUAAUCAGCUCUCUCUCUCUUUCUCUGUAGGCCUUGACUGAAAUGUUUUGUACCAAGAAAGGGAAAACAAAGGAACAGCUUUUUCUCUAAGUUGUUUCUUUACUAACAGUUUUGUAGUGACAAGAAAAAGAAAUGCUGGUUUGCCAACUGCAUUUUGCCCACGUUAAUAAAUUUUCAAGAUACUGUAACAUCA